AUGAGUUCUUCCAUGGCUAUACAAGGAGCUUCUUCCUCGCUCUUGUCCACUUCUUCUUCCAUCCAUUCGUGGACCCAUGAUGUAUUCUUGAGUUUUAGAAGUGAGGAUGUUCCUCAAAAAUUUAUUUCUCAUCUAUACUAUGCUUUGCAUCAUAGGGGAAUCAACACUUGCAUUGACAAGAAUCUUGAAAGAGGAGAGGAAAUUUUGCCAGAACUUUUCAAAGCUAUUGAAAGAUCAAUGAUUUCUAUCAUUGUACUCUCUAAAAACUAUUCAGAAUCCAAAUGGUGUUUAGAUGAGUUAUUGAAGAUCCUUGAGUGUAAGGAAAAGGUAAAACAAAUUGUUCUACCUUUACUUUACGAUGUAGCUCCAUCAGAGGUACGACAUCAAAAAGGAAGUUUUGGAGAAGUAUUUUCUAAACUUGGAUGUAAGAUCAAGGAUGAAGUAAAGGUUACAGAGUGGAAGGCAGCUUUGCAGAAAGUAGCCAAUUUUUUCGGAUUCACAUUAGGGGACAGGAAUGAAUAA